CUUCAGUACUUGACUGAAUUGUGAACUUCGCCUCUCUUUCAGUCUCAGACAAGCCUUCUUAGUUCUUACCAUUUUUAAGGCUCCCUUGACUUUUUUUAGCACCACUUGGCUGACUUCCGCCUCUCAGAUUUCCCGGUUCUUACAACUGGAAAGUUUGACAGGCAGCCCUUGAAUUCAUCCCCAAUUCUAAUAUUAUCAAUGAUUAUUGCUGCUCCUGCAAUUUCACCAAUUCUUUCAAUAUUCUACUCAAUUUAGCUUGUAAUUCCCCAAAAUUACAUUGGUUUUAGGUCGGAAUUUCAGCUAUUGAGCGCCUGAUCUCCGAUGCAAAGAUCUUGGAUCAUAAUUUCUUCCAUUUCGUCCAUUGAUUUUUAAAAAUUAGGGUUCUUGGAGAAAUUUUAGGGUUCCGAAUCCCAAAUUUUGAGAUCUACUACUUGAAUUUGCUCAAUGCUUUGCCCCCCAGAUAAAGGGGUUUGCUUCUUAUUGUGAGUUUUGGUUGUAAUUGUUGGAUAAAAGCAGCAACUAUGGCGAAUUUACCAGAAUCAGCCACCAAAUCGGAGAAAUUAGUAGCCACCCCACCAAGAUUUCCUCCAACGUUAAUGGUGCAGCAGCAGCAGAUGGCCGCGGCGAGUGCAUCAUCGUCUUCUCCUUCACCACAGCUAAGUACACCGCCUGGGCCGCCCGUGUUCACUUCGCCUCUCAGACCCGCCGCCGUGCCAUUCCGAACAUCCCCUGCUUCUCCGCAACCGGUUGCCGUGGCUUUCCCACCACCAAUUUCAACAACCCCACCUUCUUCUUCUUCGUCUACUUUGCCCCCCUCUUCUCCUCCCAGUUAUUCUUCUCAAAAUGCUCCGUUUGAUCUUUCUUUUGAAUCCAUUGCCCCCCUUGUACACUUUUCUGCUCACAAGAUAUUGAAGCAGAAGAAGCAAGCAAAUGUGCCGAGUAUGGGGUUUGGGGCGUUGGUUUCGCCUGGGAGAGAGAUUGGGCAAGGUCCACAAGUAAUUCAGCGUGAUUCUCAUCGUUGCCAAAGUUGUGGGGCUUAUCCAAAUCCAUAUUGUAACGUUUUACCAACUUCAGGGCAGUGGCAAUGUGUUGUUUGUCGUAAUUUGAAUGGGAGUGAUGGUGAAUAUGUAGCACCAAGCAAGGAAGAGCUUCGUAGCUUUCCUGAAUUAUCCUCUCUUGUGGUUGAUUAUGUCCAAACUGGAAAUCGAUUAUCGGGUUUUGUUCCUGUUUCGGAUUCUAGAACAUCUGCUCCCGUUGUUCUUGUCAUCGACGAGUGCUUAGAUGAGCCACACCUUCAGCAUUUACAAAGUUCUCUUCAUGCUUUUGUUGACUCGCUCCCCCCAACGACUAGAAUAGGAAUUGUUUCAUAUGGCCGAACUGUAUCUGUAUAUGAUUUUUGUGAGGAAUCUACUGCAUCUGCUGAUGUGCUUCCCGGGGACAAGUCACCUAGUGAGGACAGUUUAAGAGCAUUGAUUUAUGGGACAGGCAUUUACUUGUCUCCUGUGCAUGCUACACUUGCUGUAGCACAUACCAUCUUUUCCUCAUUCAGACCCUUCAAGGAAAACAUUCCAGAGACUGCAAGAGACCGCUGUUUGGGUACUGCAGUGGAAGUUGCACUUGCAAUUAUUCAAGGGCCAUCUGCUGAUUUGUCCCGAGGCAUGGUUAAGAGGCCUGGGGGUAAGAGUAGGUUAAUAGUUUGUGCUGCUGGACCGAAUACUUUUGGCCCUGGAGCACUUCCUCAUUCCUUUAGUCAUCCAAACUAUGCAUAUCUUGAAAAAACUGCAACGAAGUGGAUGGAACAUUUAGGCAAAGAAGCUCACCGACAACAUACAGUUGUAGAUAUUAUGUGUGCUGGAACAUGCCCUGUCAGAGUCCCUGUUCUGCAACCCCUGUCACGAGCCUCUGGCGGUGUUCUUAUCCUUCAUGACGACUUUGGAGAAGUGUUUGGUGUAAAUUUGCAGAGAGCGUCCAGUAGGGCAGCAGGUUCUCAUGGUUUGUUGGAAAUACGUGUUCCUGGUGAUAUGCUCAUCAGUCAAGUUGUUGGUCCUGGUGAGGAAGCCCCCACGGAUUCACAUGAAAAUUUUAAGAAUGAUGCCUCUGUCUCAGUUCAGAUGCUAAGUGUUGAAGAAACACAAUGCUUUUCAGUUUUCAUGGAAACCAAAAGAGACAUAAAGGCAGAACAUGUAUUUUUUCAAUUUUCUAUGCAAUAUUCAAAUGUUUAUACAGCUGAUAUCACUAGAGUCAUCACUGUGAGAUUGCCUACUGUUGAUAGUGUGUCAGCCUAUCUUGACAGUGUUCAAGAUGAUGUGGCUGCAGUUCUGAUUGCCAAGAGGACUCUUCUGCGAGCAAAAACUGCCCCUGAAGCAGUUAACAUGCGUUCAACAAUAGAUGAAAGAGUGAAAGAUAUAUCUUUGAAGUUUGGUUCACCAGUUCCUAAAUCUAAGCUCUAUAAGUUCCCAAAAGAGCUUUCUUCGUUGCCAGAGCACUUGUUCCAUCUUAGAAGAGGUCCAUUGCUCGGAAACAUCGUUGGUCAUGAAGAUGAGAGAUCCGUGUUGAGAAACUUAUUUCUAGAUGCAUCUUUUGACCUUUCUUUGCGAAUGGUUGCACCUCGAUGUUUAAUGCAUCGAGAAGGGGGCACCUUUGAGGAGUUGCCAGCUUAUGAUUUAGCCAUGCAGUCAGAUACUGCUGUUGUCCUAGAUCAUGGUACAGAUAUCUUCAUUUGGUUGGGUGCCGAGCUUUCUGCUCAAGAAAUUAACUGUGCUGCAGCGUUAGCAGCUUGUAGAACACUGGCUGAGGAGCUCAGUGAAUCAAGAUUUCCAGCUCCACGCAUCCUUGCAUUUAAGGAAGGGACCUCUCAAGCACGAUACUUUGUUUCUCGGCUAAUACCAGCUCACAAGGAUCCAGCUUAUGAACAGGAAGCAAGAUUCCCACAACUCCGGACAUUGAAUACAGAACAGAGAGCCAAGUUGAAAAGCAGUUUUAUUCAUUUUGAUGAUCCAAGCUUCUGUGAGUGGAUGCGUAGUCUGAAGCUUGUGCCACCAGAGCCUAGCUAAGGAAUUAGAUAUUCAGUCUUGAAUUGACUGAUAUAUUCUCAGAAGGAAGGAGGAGUCGCAGGAGCUUAGGGUUGCUGAUUCAGCAUUUGCUUUUUUUCUUUUUCUUUUUCUUUUUCUUUUCGAUACUCUUUAAACCUUUUAGUUAUUUGAACAUACAAUAGACUUCAGAGACAUAGGAGCCAUUCUUUAAAUUUGCAAGUUCCAAUUUGUUACAACUUUGUAGAGAGCAAUAAAAGUAACUUUAAUUUUCGGCCAGUUUUUGGGAAA